CAUGUACUUUUUAGUACGUAUCCGUUUGUCAUAGUAAGGGGAGACAAUUAUCAAAUUACAUCUUUUCGGAUCGUUGUUAAUUCUUUAUUAUUUUCAAAUAUGGAUCAAGUUUACGACAAACUAUAUUUAGGGGGACUUGAAGAUGUUAAGGACGAAGAGAGCAUGUCCAAUGCCAAAAUUACUCAUGUUCUAAGUCUUUUGGAUAGACCUCUACCUCCUGAAAUCCAGAAUAAAUACACAUGUAAAUUCGUCCGUGUCUUGGACAUGCCUGAUGAAAACUUACUAACUUAUUUUCCCGAAUGUUUACGGUUUAUUGAUGAAGCUCGAGUAAAUGGAACUGUGAUAGUACACUGUCUUGUUGGUUGCUCCCGAGGUGCCACAGUGGUAAUUGCUUGGCUCAUGCAGAAAAAGCAAUUAGAUGUCAAAACUGCUUUAAAUAUGGUCAGAGACUGUAGACCCUGCAUCAGACCUAACACUGGAUUCCAGUUCCAGCUGGAGUUGUUUGCCCGAAUGGCUUAUGGUAUUAAUGUAAACAACAGUGAUUACAAAACAUUCAAGUUGAAUAUGUUUGGUUUGAAACUUGGUGAAGGAAAAGUUUUCAACAACGAUGUAAAAAACUUGCUCGUUGCCAGUCCAACAGAAAAUCAUCCCAAAACAGAAAUAUUGUAUAAAUGUAAGAAAUGCAGGCAUCCUUUGUUCCGUGAAAGCUCCCUUCUUUCACACACAACUGGAGACUGGGAGCGAUCCUUUGACUGGAAUUCCAAACUAUUAAAUCUUUGUAAAUCUGAUUCAGAAAAGAAUAAUGUUAUUUGUAAAGAAUCUCUGUUUGUUGAACCUGUCCAAUGGAUGGCUGAUGUAGUUACUAAUCAGAGUGGCAAGCUAACAUGUCCAAAGUGUUUGGCAAAAAUUGGAUCAUUCAUUUGGUGUGGUGAAAAAUGCCCAUGUGGAUCAUGGGUGGCUCCAGCAUUUCAUAUCCAGAAAAAUAAAGUGGAUUUGUGUCGGCCCUUUGUUCUUGUUCCACGGGUGCUUCCUGAAAACCAGUUUAUGCAAGAAACAGUUGCUACAUCCUGCAGCUGAGAGAUUAUGUUCAUCUUGACUGCCAAACCUGAAAAUUAAAAAUUUUGAACAAUAAUAAAGGGUAGGAGGGGGGAUGAUAUACUUUUUUAUUUUUUUAAUUUUCUUCUUUUGAUCCUUUCAAAUCCACAGCUGCUGGCAGCCAUAUCACAUGUAUGUACUACAUACUUAAGUCCUUUACUCCUGAUGGAGCAUAGGCUAUCAUCGACUUUCUUCCACUGGUCUUGACUUGUGGUGGGGCUGUCUCCUGGUGAUCAGAAAAGGGGUCAGCCUUGCAGUUUCCUUUUGACUUUUGCUAUACCACAUAAAGCCUUCCUCUCCCAGGUUUUGUUUGUUAUGAAUUGUC